GCGAUACCUGCGCAGUUGACCGGACCAAAACAGGAACUGAGAAAUGGCAUCAGUGUUCGGCGGAGUAGAGGGUGGAGGGACCCACUCCAAAGCAGUGUUGGUGUCAGCAGAUGGAAAGAUCCUCGCAGAGACAGCUGGACCAUCCACCAACCACUGGUUGAUUGGGGUGGACAAGUGUAUUGAAACCAUCAACGACAUGGUCCAGAGAGCCAAGACUGAGGCAGGACUGGAUCCAAACACACCACUGUGUUCACUGGGCAUGUCUCUGAGUGGAGGGGAGCAGAAGGAUGCCAUCGACAAAAUAAUCGCUCACAUGAAGGAACGGUUCCCCAGCCUCAGCAAGGAGUAUCUCAUCAUCAACGACAGCAUCGGAGCCAUGGCAACAGCUAGCGAUCGUGGGGGUGUAGUCCUGAUAUCAGGGACUGGCUCUAACUGCAAGUUAGUCAAUCCUGAUGGCUCGCACAUCGGCUGUGGAGGCUGGGGUCACAUGAUGGGCGAUGAAGGAUCAGGAUUCUGGAUCGCACAUUUGGCUGUGAAGACUGUGUUUGAUGCCAAAGACAAGCUGGUUGCACCUCCUCAUGAUGUUACACAUGUUAGCCAGGCCAUGGAGGAAUACUUCCAGGUGUCAGAUCUCAUGGGCAUGCUGCCACACCUCUAUAGAAACUUCCAGAAGCCCCACUUUGCAGGUUUCUGCAAGAAAUUGUCUGAAGGUGCCGAAGCUGGGGAUGCUCUCUGUAAAUAUGUGUUCACUCAGGCUGGGAGAGUCCUGGCGAAACAUGUAGAAGCAGUUUUACCUGCAGCACAGGAGUCUUUAUUGAGCGGUGCCCUCGACCUACCUAUCCUGUGUGUGGGCUCAGUGUGGAAGAGCUGGGAGCUUCUGAAGCCAGGGUUCACUGAGGUCUUGGAUGAAGUGGCAUCAUCUGACAAGUUCAAGGGCCGUUUCCGUGGCUACAACCUCCUGAUUUUGCGGCAGUCUUCAGCCCUCGGAGGUGCCAGUCUUGGGGCUCAGAGUUUCGGUGCCACGGUGACUAUGGAUUAUGCAGCCAAUGUUAAUGUCUUCUACCAACACACCUUCAGCAGCAGCUAAUGAGAAGACAGUGGAGGAGGAUGUACUGGCCAGUUUUUAAUUAUUGGCAUAUUUGUAUCAUGAUGAUUAUGACCAAAUAACAAUUGUGUAAAAAUGGGAUAGCACAUGAUUUCACUAUCAUGUGGUUGAAAAUAUUCCAGAACUGGUUUUUACAGCUGCACGACAGCUAUUGAGACUUCUGUUGAUGCAUUUUUUUUGCACUUUUUGGAACACUUGUUUACAUUUACACAAUAAAAGUGCUGUCAACUUUGCAAAAA